CGCCCUCUCCUCCGCCUCCCUAACCUUCGCCUGGGCGACCCACCUCUUCAUCCGCGGCUUCGGCCCGGACUCGAUCCCCCGCCGCGGCGGCGGCGACCCCUCCACCGCGGCCAUCGCCGCCGCCGGCAUGGCCGCCAUGCCUUACUGGAUGAAGCACGUCCGCGACAGCAGCCUGUGGAUCAUCUUCGCCACCUACGUGCCCAACACCCUCCUCGGCCUCGCCAACGCGUACGGGUACGGCAGCCUCCUCGGUGGGGGAAGGGGGGCAGGUUCUUCGGCGCCGGGCUAUUACUCCUCCUGGGCGUACCUCCUCGGCGGCAUCUUCAGCCUCGCCCACUUCCCGCUCACCUUCCGGAUGCGCAUGGUCGCGCUGAACCUGCAGCUGGCAAACGACAGGGAGCCCACCGCGAAAAGGGAGGUCGCGAUCAAGGAAUUCCUGCGGACAAACUUGCUCCGGAGCCUCGGGUCGAGCUUGACGUCUGUGGUGUCUUUUCUCGUGGCGGCGACGCUGUGGGCGGCGGAGGGGGUGCAGUGAUGGCUGUUGAGUGGCCACUGGUUGUCGAGGGGAUACUCGGACGGCCAAAAUACAACAUGGUGGCGGGUGAUGGGGUGGGAGGGAAUGAAUGGGGACGCAUAAUAGCAAUAUUGGUGAAGAUCGUGACGGUUGGUUAGCAUGACAGAACGGGCCGAAAGGCGUCGAAAAGACUCGAUUUUCGGGCUAUCGGGGAGCCUAUUUAAAACUGAGUUUGAUGCUCGUCAGAGGAGCCAGGUUCCCUAUUCCGUACGUAGUGUGCACUUUCUGUUUUCCC